AUAAUUCAUCAUGAUCAAGUUUUAUUAGACAUGAUUGUCAUUUUCCUAGCUAAUUGUGUAAGUAAUUAAGCUAAUUAACAAGAUACUUAUCACAUCCACUUAAUUAGUAAAUUCUUUGAACAAACACCACACGUGGCCUUGUUCAUGUUAAAUUCCAAGGUACAUUUCCUUCACCUACCAAAAUGUCAUUUCCUAAUCAUCUUUUUCCAUGUUAAUCACUUAAUUAGCAUCUUCUUACCUAUUUCACUAAAUUAUAUGCUUCAUUUCAUAUUUAUUAAAACUUAAAUAAUUAACAAAUUUAAAAUAAAAAAAAAAAAGAAAAAGAAAAAGAAAAAGAAAGUACCUCCCUCUUUCUUUUUCUCUCUCCUCUAUACAUACCCUUCAUUUCCCUCUCUUUUUUUCCUACACUUAUCUUUAACUUACUCUUACAUUAUCUCCUCCAAAGAAAAAAAAAAUGGCAACAUUAAAUGGAAGAAUGCUCAAAGAUUUCUUACAAGAUAGUAAUAGUAAUAGUAAUAAUAAUAGUAAUAAUCAAGCCGGCUUCUCAAUGGAGGCGGCUAGUACCCUCCCUAGGAGCCGGAGCCGAUCACGAGCAGCAUUGACCUCAUUCCAGAAGCUUCUUAGCGCGGUUAAAAGCUUCCACAACAACUCAUCCGCAACGCCGUCAACGUUGCAGAGGAGUGGUUCAAAGAGGUUGUUAGAAAGAUUAUUGCGUAACAAAACGAAGAGAUCAGAUAAUAAAUUAUCCGGUGAGGUAAGGAGUAGUAAGAUAAUGGUGGUCACGGUUAGAGUCAAGGAUAUCCUACGGUGGAAAUCGUUUCGAGUCGUCGAGGAAGAGGAAGAGGUGGAAGCCCAUCAUUUGGAUGAUAAUGUUGUGGGGCCCGCCAAUGACGCGCCCACGAAUAGUAAUAGUAAUGAUGGAUCGGAAGUGAGUUGGGGUGAAAGUGAAUUUACCGCGGUGGAGGCGGCGGCGGAAGAUGAGGAGUUACCGUGUUGUAUGGGUGAUUCCGGUGAUGAAGACGGUAAAAAUUGGGACGACGUUGGUGUUGAUGGUGCAUCGGAUUCUGAAGUGGGGUCCAAAGAGGAUAAGCUUAACAUAGGAAGUGAAGAAGGAACAGAGCAACAAAGUCCAAUUUCUGUUCUUAACUCUCCAUUUAGAGAUGAAGUAUCAGAAGAAGAUUUACCUUUAUCUUUUGACCAAAAAAUGGCUAAUAUGGAAAGAACGAAGCAAAGGCUCCUUCAAAGCAUCCAAUGGUUCGAGGACUUGGCUGGUGUCCAUGAUGACGGCGAAACAGACUCAAUAGAAGAAGAAGAAGACGAGCAACCAAUCGAGGUGAAGAGUAAAGCUAACUCGAGUAAGGGAUUUUGUUGGUUUAAACGAGGAAACGAAAGUUUAAUGGAGAAAAAAGAGUGCAUGGAAAAGCUAGGACAAUGGAACAAGUUUGAGGAGGAAAAAACAGAAUUAGGAGUUGAAUUGGAAGAUGAGGUGUUAAGUGAUUUGUUGGAUGAGAUUUUGAGUGAUUUUUGUGGAUGCAAUGAGUAAAUUCAAGAAAAAAAAAUAUGAGUUGUGAUGAAUUAAUUUGACUAUUACGAAUUUACGAGUGUCUACGGAUUAGUUUGUUACAUGUACAUACAUAAGAGGGAAGAAGAAGAAAAUGAGAUGAAGAAAGUGCAAUAAAGAGUAUGCUAGGUAUGCACCAUUGUAGUUUAGUAAUAUGCAUAUAGCUAGGACUUUGUAUGAAUAUGAUGCUAAUAUCUAAUAUAUAUGAGCUUUUUUGAGUGGAUAUAUAUUACCAAUUUCUUUCA